ACGAUAGGUUUUUACAUACGAGAUAGUUGUAUUAAAUGUGUUUAGCUCCGUUCCAUUUUCGUAAAUGGAGAAUACGAUUCGAAGGGCUCAAAACGUGUUUGAUCAAAAACACAAAAGCGGCUUCCUAUUUAUAAAUUAGUAGUCUGUUCAAAUUGAUGUAAAAAAAGAGAAUCAGUGCCAUGUUUGACCUGUGAACGUGAUAAAGUUCGAAUGGUGCUUAGCUGAAAAAGAAUUUGGCCUAACUAUAGCUUUAAUAUACUAGUUACGUAUUAUUUGUACCUUGUUAAUUUAAAAUCUAUCGUGUACCAUCUUAAGAAAUUCCCUGAGGGAGAACAGCAAACUUUGGGAAAUGCAUGGAUGAGAUGGUUAACGACAUCUUAUUCGGAAUAUAUUGUUUACCACUUAGGAUCACGCAGUGCACUGCAUGAGCAGACCGCACAGCUUUAGUGUUUAUCCUCCAAUUCUGUCACUUACUAAUUUUAAUUAAAACUGAAUAGUAAUAAUGCCUUAAGUUAUGUAGUCAAUAUCAUACAAAAAAAAUGAAACGUUCAAAAUUUAUAUAUACAUGUAAGUGAUCAGCCAGUUCUUUGAUUUAUAUUUAACUAAAAAACACUUUGCAGGUCACAAGAAGAGAUUUUACGUCCUCUCACAUACUACUAUUCUUAUGCACAGGUGUAUCAAUAAAAUUUAUUAUGAUGUAAAUGUCACCUUUAUAACAACGAUGAGAUUGUAUCUUAUGUCGGACUAUUUGUGCUUUCGAAAUUAAAAUUUGGUGCAUUCCCCUAGGAAUAACGAUGGAGACGAAUGACAAAACUGGAACAUGAGUGUACUUGAAGUGAAUAUUGGUUAUAAAAAUGCAGUGAUUUAAUUUUAAGCUACUAUCUCAUUAUUUACAUUGUACAUUAUAGUUUUAAAGUGAGAUCCGUGUUGCUUGCGUGAAGACACAUAAUGAACAAAAGUAAGAGUGAUUUUUAUUUAUUAUGAAAUAUAUUUGCUCUUGGUUUGUUGUUAAAUUUCAGUUAAACACUAUAGAAAUGGCAGGCACAACUGCAGCACUUCCAAAGGCCGCAGUAGUCUCUUCUCACUGGACCCGCCAGUUACUGACCAACUUUCCGCCAACAAAUAUGGCCUUGGCCUACGGAAGUGCCGUAUUCCGACAGGCUAAUAAUGAAUCUCCAGACAAUAUGCUAGAUGUCAUACUUGUCGUUGACAAUCCGAAGACCUUCCACAUUGAGAAUCUGAAACGGAACAAGAGUCACUACUCCUUGGCAAGGUAUCUCGGGCCUCGCUUUAUCGCGAAACUUACUGAAAUGCCUGCAUACGUGUACUACAAUACAGCUGUUCGAAUUGAAGAUCAAUUGAUAAAAUACGGCGUCAUUUCUAAGGACCGCCUCAUUUCUGAUCUGCUAGAUUGGGAUGUGCUAUACGUUGCCGGCAGGAUGCAGAAGCCUGUUAAAUAUAUUACGCCUGUCGAUGCUGAAGUGUUGAAGGCGCAACAGAUAAAUCUGAACAGUGCGGUACAUGCGGCCUUACUCACGUUACCCGAGACGUUCACACUUGAGGAUCUCUUUCUGCGAGUAACUCGCCUCUCGUACGAUGGAGACUUCCGUAUGAUCUUCGGCGAAGAUAGGAACAAGAUUUCAAAUAUUGUUAAACCAGCAGUUGGGGAUUUCACUAAACUUUACGCGCCCGUACUUCAAGCGAUGAGCACCAUAGAGUGGACAAAUGGAGCGAAUAAGGUUCAACAGGACCUUUCGGAACAAGCGAGACUUCAUCAUUUAGAGUUGUUACCGAAGGCUGUACAGCAUCAGCUGAUGACGAAAUGGAGGCCCGGCGAGAAUCGUCACAAAGAUGUCGAAGAUAUUCUCAAGUCGAUCGCGCGCAACCCGGCAUCAUUGUGUGCUGAAGUUGUACAAGAAAGUGUUCGAGCAAUAGUGUGGAGCUCCGCCCUCAAACAAAGCAUUAAGGGUUUGGUGACGUCUGGCCCUUUAAAGGCUUUAAGCUACUCUGCAUCCAAAAUAUCGAAAAUGAUGAUGAGUAUAGGAAUCUGGCCAACUAAGGAGCCGGUCAAACAUAUAAAACCAAAAAUGACGCAGGAAUCAAAACGGCGUGGGACUUCACAAUUGCCGUGAACGUAGCCAAUACACUUCAUUAAUAAAAAGCUGUUGUUGUUAUUUGAUGCCAAUUGAUUCAAGGAACAGUGCCAGGAGCUUGCGCCUUAUAGCUAAAGAUUAUUGCUGUACGAUCUAAUUUUCUGAAGUUACAUGGUUUAUAUAGUGUUUCUACAUUCUCCAAUAUAGAACGGAAUGAAUUUAAAGUACAGUCGUAGUAGAAGAGUAGUGUAAGAUAGUUUGUGAUGUAUGAAAUGAGAAUUGUUAAUUGGCAUUGAAUGUUAUUUAAAUAUGAUGUAUAGAAUGAUAAUUGUUAAUUGGUAUUGAAUGUUAUUUAAAUAUGAUGUAUGAAAUGAUAACUGUUAAUUGGCAUUGAAUGUUUUUUAAACAUGAAUUCUAGAAAAGAAUUAAGUAAAGUCAAUUUUUUGCAUGUAAAACAUACAUAUUUUCUUUGUUGGGAUUACGAUUGCGAUUUUUUAAGAUAGGUUGGCCGUCAAAAUUAGCAUGUUACACGAACUUACUUUUGCUUUUGAUUAUAUUUGUUAGUUGCCAUAGCAACCAGUGAGUCUAGCGGCAUUUUGUAUUUAAUUGUUGAAGAUAUAUCUAUUCAUGCAAUGAAUGCAUGUAAUAAUUCAUUAAUAAAUAUAUUUUUUUUCGAUAUCUUUUGUAGGAAUGAACAAAUCAAGGAAAAUUUCUUUUGUGAAACCGAUUCUGCUUUCUGAUUAAU